UUUACUUAAACUUGACACAAGAAAUUAAUUUUUUUGAGUAUUUUAAUAAAUUUCUAGUUAUUAAUACGUUUAAUUUAAAACUUGAGAUGGAAGCUAAUCAAAAACCAACAAUUGUCAAAAAUAUGAAUGAUGUUAACUGCACUACUAAGAAAAGGAAACGUGUGAAAAUCCGUCGCUUGGUGGCGAGCCCAUCAAAUUCCGUUGAUAAGAUCAACGAAAAUUGUGAAACAAAUGGUCGCCUUUUCUUACGAAAGUUAAAGCGACUAUUGUUCAUAACUUUACUAUCGUCUGUUGCUUCUGCAGUUCUAUUAGGACAUCACCUUACACAUAAUAACACCGAGCAAAGCAGUAUUCUACAAGAUUUUGUGAGCAGUUAUCGUCGACAUUAUUAUCAGAUAAUUCAUGGUAAACCACAUUAUUGCGAUGCCAAACUAGACGUACAAAACAUUUUGUCUCGAAUACAUGAUCAAAUAUUGCAUCAGGAGGAUGCUAUUCAAAAACUAGAUUCAAUAUUACGCAAUGAAACACAACUACGCUCCAUUGCUAUAGUCGGUCCCUCUGGUGUGGGCAAAACAAUGACUGCAAGUGCGUUGUUGUCAUAUUUUCCAUGGCGUGAAAAUAUGUGGACAUAUGCUUGGAAUACACAUGUCGAAAACGAAGUAGAAAAAUUUCGUAUCUUGCGUAUGUAUGUGGAACAGUUUACAGAUUGUGGACGUAAUUUGUUGAUCGUUGAUAACCUUUCACCUUGUGACGAUGCAGUGAUACCGCUACUAAAUCAAAUGAUUGCCACGCAAGAUGGUGCAAAUAAAAAACGAGUUGUGGUUAUUUAUAUUUUUAAUUUAAACUCAAUGCUCAAUUCAGAUUUAUACCAAAAGCAAAGAGAUUCACUGCAGAAUUUACCCGACACAACUACAAUAAAUUUCAAAUCAUUUAAUGAAAAAGAAUUAAAAGACUGUAUUCGUAGAGAAGUUCAGACUGAAAAUCUAACCAUUACUGAUGCUGAUUUUGAAGAGAUCGUUGCAACAAUAGACGUGGCAACAUCUGGAUGUAAGAAGGUGAAAUCAAAGGUAUUAGUCUAUGGACACAGGAUAGACGAAAAUAUUCCAAAUUAUUAAUUAUAAAAAGUAUAAUUCCUAAGUGUAAAUAAAUAUUAAUGUUACGGUAAAUUGCUUGUUAAUUUAAUGUGAAGAAGCUGGUUCCCAGAAGCGCGAAGUAUGCAAUCAGAUGGUCGCACUACUGAGUUCAUGCAAACAAAACGAAUUUAUUUUAUAUUCUUUUUUGAUUGCAAAAAUUGCAAAGCACAUAAAUGACAACCUAAAUAUGAUUAAUGUUUGGAGUUCCUUCAUGACUUUUUGUAAAUUACGAAAUGGCUAGUUAAUUUAACGUGUAUAUUUAAAGAUGAUGUAUUUUUGAGACUGAAUGUUUUUAUGUAUAAAAAUAUAAUGAAGAAAUUAAAUAAAUAAAUAAAGUUUACACC